CUCAUCUUGUUUUUCCCCAGUGUACGUCUACAGGUUUUAUCAGCAAGUAUCUUUGACUUGGCAGUUGGUAAUCGGAUUUCUCUUAUCCAGAAAUAUAAUUAGCCCACAAGGUCUUCCUGAGUGUUUGCCAAGCGGAUUUUCUCCUGUACCUGGAUGUAUUUUAGUUUGAACUAUGCACUUUCUGGUCAACGUUAAACAAACCGGGGCUUACACACCUUGACAAAGAUUUUGUGAACAAGAUUUUGACAUGUGAUUCCCAUCACGAACCAAAAGGGGAGAUGUCGUCUCUUCGACUUUCUGCAACAGAGGAGAAUAUUAGUAUUGUCCUUCAUCCACGCAAUACGGAAAUCGACGAACGCAGUCUCUCUACCCCUGUAUCGAGGUGCUCACGUCAUCAUCAACGUCAUAGUCUUCACGAACCACUCGGACCAGCCCAAGUUGGUGACCAAGCCUUAGUAGUGUUUGUACUCAGCAAGAACGAUCAUUGACCUACAAUUCGUGAUCAUCCCCCUCAGGCUUGAUUGAAGCAUCUUUGAUUGAAGUCAUCCUUGCCACCUUGUGGAUUUACUUCGCACGCUCUCCUCAACAUUAUUUGCACUUUCGGAGACGCCUGAUUUCGGGAAUUUCCUUUACUUGACAUUUUACUCUUUGGAUGUUAGUGUCUGUCCUGCCAAGUGUGCCAUGGACGACCCUGAAGACCUAGAAGACAUACAGGAGGACAACUACACCCGGAGUUUACAGACUGGACUACCAGGACCCACCAUGGUGAACCGAGAAGAGGACAAGGAGGAGGAG